GUUACUUUGUAGAUAGAAAAUUGUCUCUGUUUGGGGCAUUAUAGUUUUACAUGGAGCAAUAAAGAGACGUGUGAUUUAUAACAUGCAUCACCUCUACAAAUUCGUCCUCAGUGCACUUUUGUGCCUGACCGCCUGCGAAGCGUACAAGAUCUUGGUGGUGUUUCCCAUGGCGAGCAAGAGUCACGGCAUCCUGGGAGAAGGAGUGGUCAGGCAUCUGCUGAAUGCUGGACACGAGGUCACAUUCAUAACUCCAUUCCCGAAAGAUAACCCGGACCCAAAGCUACGGCAAAUUAAAGUCUCAGAUAAAAUAGAUCAUGAUGUUAACUACAUCAAACAGAUAUUGGACAAUGAGUUGGAGCCUUUCAAUCCCUUCAAGGUGGUGGAAUUAUUCAUGGAAUUCAGUCGAAGGACGAUGCAGAAUCCACAAGUGCAAGAGAUGUUGAAUGAUCCCAAGGAAACCUUCGACGUGGUCGUGGCUGAGUGGAUGUUCAGCGAGAUUUACGCAGGGUUCGCAGCCGUCUACGGGUGCCCCCUUAUCUGGUUAUCAUCUGUGGAGCCUCACACCAUGAUCUUGCAGCUCGUCGACGAAAGUCUGCACCCGGCCUACAACCCUGGCCUUAUGUCCAGUAGCGCACCACCGUUCACGUUCAUGGAGCGCGUUAAAGAGCUGUUCUUCUUAGGAGCAAGUUUGUUGUUGAAAAAUGUCUUCUUGAUGAGCUACGAGCGAGAAGCGUACGAAGAAAUGUUUGUGCCUGUAAUAAAAAUGAAAGGCCGUCCGGUCCCGACAUUUGAUGAAAUCAAAUACAACGUGUCGCUGAUCCUGGGCAACUCGCACGUGUCCUUGGGCCAGGCCACCAGGCUGCCGCAGAACUACAAGGCAGUGGCUGGUUAUCACAUUGAUACCAACUUCAAACCGCUACCCGAGGAUCUUAAAAAUAUCUUGGACAAUGCUAAACACGGCGUCAUAUACUUCAGCAUGGGAUCCAACUUGAAGAGCAAGGACAUGCCAGAGAAGCUGAAGAUGAGCCUCCUCAAAAUGUUCGGUGGCCUGAAGCAGACGGUCUUGUGGAAGUUCGAAGAUACCAUUGAAGACUUGCCGAAAAAUGUGCACAUAUUGCAUUGGGCACCUCAACCUGCUAUACUUUCUCACCCUAACUGCAUCCUGUUCAUAACGCACGGUGGUCUUCUUUCCUUCGCUGAAGCAGUCCACUUUGGCAAGCCCACCAUUGGGAUCCCAGUGUUUGCAGACCAGUUCACCAACGUCGAAAGAGCUGUGAAGAAGGGCUUCAUGAAAAGGGUAGACCUUUCUUACACAAUGGCUGAUGAGUUGGAAGUCGCGAUUAAAGAAGUUACUACCAACCCAAGCUACACAACGAGGGCAAAAGAGCUGUCUCUGAUCUUCCACGACCGCCCUACGCACCCUGGCUCGGAGCUGGCGCACUGGGUGUCCCACGUCAUCAAGACAGGUGGCGCCCCCCACCUUCGGUCUCCCGCUUUACACACGCCCUUCUAUCAGAAGAUGUACCUGGAUCUGGUAGCUUUGGUCCUUGUAGUUGUUGUUGCUUUGAGAUUGAUUGUGAAGCGAAUUUGUUGUAGGAGAAGUAGAUUGAGCAGGGAGAAGAAAAACCAGUGAUAUUAGUUUUAAGUAAGAAUAUAAAUUAAUUUAUUUUUUUACAAUAGUGUACAUAUUAAAUCAAAUUGUUACUUUGUUUUAUGUCUUACUGUGCCUCUAGAUUUUUAACAAUAAUAUACGAGCGAAAUUAUUUUACUAACUUCCAAAUGUUCCCGAAUUAUGAACAGGAAGCGAGAAACAGGGUAUUUUGAUUACAAGUUAAUCAAACACUACUGAGUAAAAAGCAUAAUUGUAUCGUGUUUAAAUCCAUAGUUACCUAGUAAGUAAUUAAGAAUGGUUUUAACUAGGAAACAAACAUUUGUUCUCAUUAUACUAAGUUGGAGCACGCAUAUUUUUGGCAGUAUUAUCUACUCCAGUUUAAAAAAGUGAAAGUAAAUUUAAAUAACCGGGUGAAAGUGACCACACACCUACAAUCGACAUCAGCCAACAUGUUGUUAUUGGAGGUCAAGGUUAGUUUUAGUAAUUCAUAAAUAUUUUUUCUAUGGGAUACGUGGUUCAGUAACACUUGUGACGGGGCUGCAAGGUUUUCGAGUGGAGGCCACGUACCAGAAAACGCAGCGUGGGACGUCCACCCACAAGGUGGACCGACGUCCACAGGUAGCUGUUAAGGCCGUGGAUGCAGGCCGCUACCAACCGCGCGAUGUGGAAAUCAUUGGUGAAUGUUCAGCAGUGAACGUCCUGUUGCUGAAAUGAUGAUCAUGAAAUUGAACACUUGCGAAAAAAGUGAUUAUUUCUAUAAAUUGGCGAGCUCUGAGUCAGAAAUAGCCCAAUUUUUUUAAAUAUGAAAAAAAAUAAACUACGAAAAUCCCAUUAAACUAUAUCUU